AUGUCUUAUUCCCACACGCACAACACACCACACAGAGGGGAUGAGGUGGCCACCCAGCAGGAACAGAGGUUGAAACUGGCUAGGACUGGACACACGGAGGCACAGGUUGAGCUGACUCAGAAACGCCAGGAGGGACCUGGAGCACUGAGAGAAAAGGUUAACCGGGGAGCAGGCGCAGGAAAAUCACAAUUGUGGGAGCUGGAGCCCAUCUCAGCUCACACUGAGUACUGGGCAUAUCUGUCUAAGAACCGUCUAUGUGAGCUGCCGGAGGAGCUCUGUCAGUUCAUCUCUCUGGAGACACUGAGCCUUUACCACAAUGGGAUGCGUUCACUGUCCUCCAGCCUGGGCAACCUCCAGGCCCUCACCUACCUCAACCUCAGUCGUAAUCUUCUGUCCAGUUUACCCCCAUCGGUGUUUCAGCUCCCCCUCCUGCGAGUGCUCAUCGUCAGCAACAACAAGCUGGGUUCACUGCCUGCCUCCAUAUACUCCCUCACACACCUCCGUCAGCUGGAUGUAAGCUGUAAUGAGCUGCAGUGUUUGCCAGCAGAGCUCGGCCAGCUAGAGUGUCUGAGGGACCUAAACCUGAGGAGAAACCAGCUCACCACUUUGCCUGAAGAAUGUGUGCUCUACAUGUUUCCCUGCAGCCUGUCAGAGCAAGAGCUGUUUACAGGCCAGUUCGGGGGGCUGGACUCUGGCUUCAACAGUGUGGACAGCGGCAGCAAACGGUGGUCUGGGAAUGAGUCAGCAGAUGACUUCUCAGAGCGUUCCCUACGCAUGGCUGAGGUCAGCAGAGACCAGAGGAACCUGGAGGAGGAGGAUGAGGAGGAUGGAUCUCCUAUGGAAGCUAGCAAGGUAAACGGAGCGGCCGAGCAUACCGACUUCAUUGACAGCAUUGUGACGGAGGAAGAGGAGGAGAUCAGGAUAGAUCCACCCACGCCAACUCUCACAGCCCCUCUGGAGAAUUCUUCACCACCACAGGACUCAACCGUAUGCAGGACCAGCCUCCAUAUAGAUGUGGGCCCCCCAACGUCGGCUCCUUCCGCUCCCCUGUCCCCCUCCAGCCCCACCCUGGAGGAGCGGAGGAGGCCGGGCACCCUGCUGAUCUGGCAGGAGAGAGAACGCCAGCAUCAGCAGAGAGAAAAGGCCAGUUUGCUGAAGUCAUCCACCAAAACAGGAAGUCAUGUGGCUGCUGCACCACCACAGACAGGAAGUGUCUCGGCUGGUGCAUCUCCAGAGAACAACUCCCAGUCAGGCCUCCGGCAGCGUUGUGCAAGUGCUGACCAGAUGUCUCCAACAAUUCUACAUCGCUCCAGCAGCAGAAUAGAUGUCCCGUCCUCCCCAAAGACGUCCCCUCCACCCGGCCAGGCCCAGAAACCCAACAGUUUCCUGUUCCGCACCUCCUCCCGCAGCAACGUCAAACCCGCAGUCUUUACCCUGGGUGAGUCUGGCAGAAGUGAGUCUCGCACGAUGCUGCGAUCGCCUAAAGAGGAGAGACCAGACAUCACACAGCUACGCAAGACUCUGGAGUCUCGGCUGAAGAUCACUCUGCCGGAGGAUCUGGGUGAGGCCUUAUCCAACGGCACCAUCCUCUGCCAGCUGGUCAAUCACAUUCGACCACGCUCCGUGUCAAUAAUCCACAUUCCCUCUCCAGCAGUGCCUAAACUGAGCUCAGCGAAGUGUCGACUCAACGUGGAGAACUUCAUUGCUGCUUGUCGCAAGCUGGGAGUCCCUGAGAUGGAUGUGUGUGUGUGCUCUGAUGUGCUUCUAUGUAAGCUGCCCGCUGUGCUACGCUGUGUGACGGCCCUGCUGGCCGCGGAGGGGGGGGAGACGGCGGAGGACCACUCCCCUCGCCACUCCUCACCUUCGCCAUCGUCGUCGUCCUCACCGCUGUCCACAGAUUUCCUGCUCUUCUACUGCGCCGUCAUGGCUCUGCUCUACGUCCUGUACUGCUACCUGCUCACCUAGAGGACAAACACAGUUCUUAUUUACAUGACUGCUGUCCUGCUCUACACUACACACUACAACACACACACAGUACAGUUGUGGAGUUUGAGGCCAACACACACAGCUGCUCUCACAGUUGUCAUCUCAGACAAUACUCUGCAGUGUGUGUGUGUGUGAGCCGACAGUUGAGCAUACAGCUUUUAUGAAACAAACAGAAUACACUACAGCUCUUCAUUUAGCAAAACAGAAAGCACUACAUGGACAAAUACUGUAUGAGAGCAGAUGAACAGAGAUAUGCCUUAGCCUAGUUUAGCCUUCACUCUGUAAUGCACAGUGUGUUUGCAGAAGAUGAGUUUAACUGUGAGGCAGAGCUGCUCCACAGGAACAAACCCUCUCAUUGGUUGAGACAUGGAUGGGCGGAGCAAAGGAACCACAACUUCAGUUACAUCUCACUGACCAUUGACUAUAGAGUGCCAAAAAUGUUUAAAAGUGAUGGUGAUUUGUGAAGAUUAUCUUGCUGAACAAAAUGCAUAUCAAACCUUUGUUGACGACAAAAAGAGGAGUUUUUCCAUAAUCCAUGUCCGAUGGCUGUCAGUAAUCGGAUGUAUCCAUUAUAACUGGCCAAUGUACAGUGUUACAUUUUGAAAAUGCGCACAACCAACGCUCUACAUCCAGGGUAGCCAUCAAGCGCAUAUGAGAGUGUAGUUAUGGUUACGACUAACCUUUAUUUGAAUUAUCGAUUAAUUGAUUAGGUGUUUGGUUGAUACAAUGUCGGAGGACUAAAGAAACCUAAAACAAUUAAGCGAUUAUCAAAAUAUAGUUAAAUGCUAAUUGAUUUGUUUUUGUGUUUACCUGAUGCAUACGAGUCCAUAAAUGUUCUCUCCUUUAAUCUCUGUUGUGGUCUCCAACUCCUGGGAGCUAGUCAACUGUAUCUGGAAGAGAAAGGAAGGCAAACAGCAAAAUGAUUGUCCAGACAGUAAACUGUGAUGGACAGACUCUUCCCUGUCAUGAGUCCGUAGUGUAAGCGUGAUAGAGUGAUAAAUGUCAGGAGGUCAGCAGACUAGUUCAGUUGGCUAACCAGAUGUCCUUGUUAUACAGCCGGCAGGACUCAUUGUUCCUGCUUGUUUGUCAGCAUCACUCAGUGUGGUUCUUUAGCUCUGCUCACUAAGGUUUUCUGUGUUCGGAGCAGCUCUACCUCUGAGAAUGCCUCUCAUCCUGAGAGAGAAACUGUUCAAGUAAGCUGAACUGUGAAUGUGACUAUUAGCCUUGAGACAGGUGGUUGGGGAAAUGUGGAAUCUGGAUGUUAGGUGACAUUAUUUCUGAUACAACAAUGUGACAGUGAGACAGAUGUUACAGUGCCUCUUACUGAACACUGACUGAGACCACUGGCAGAGCCGGCUCUUAUUUUUAUGUCUGCUAUGGUAACUGUGAGCAGCAGGGGGCGAUGUCGCUGCAUCGAUCCCCUAACUGACGGUACAAACCCCUCCAGGAGGUUGUGUGUAAGUCUUUUUCGUGGUUGUCACUGGUCCCUUUGACCAGCCGACUCAUGUUUGUAUAAAUGUAAACAGGUUAUUAAAUUAUUGCUUUUUUAUUUAUUUUGGAUUCUGUUCUUGUUACUUUUGUUUCUGAGGUGAAACAGCAGAGAUAGUUUUGAAGCCUCAUAAAGCUUUGUGAAAUCAAUCCGUAUGCUUUAAAACACACAAACAGGUAAAUAAGAGGUAAUCAAUAUUCAAUUAUUCAGAGUUAAAAUAACAUUGAUUGCUUAAAAGUUUUCCCUUUUAUUGGAUUGGGAAAUAAUUGAUUCCCUCGAGGCUGCACACUGAACAGAGCAUCAAACGACCUCUGCUGUUUCUAUCACACGCUGCGUCUGGCUUUUUGCUCUUAGGAGGUCAAUGUCUGAGACUAAACGCUGAUUGGAAUCUGAUUAGAAUGCUUAAUUGACUGUUUGGGAGCUAAUGUCAAUAGUGAGAUUUUUAGGAUUAUGCUGCUAAAGCCCCACAAACUCACAUCAUUUACUGUUUUACUCUUAUCUAGGACUCUGAAACAACAUUUAAAGCAGAACAACACAUUAAAACGUUCUACUGAAACUAAGUCAUGAAGUAAAAGCAGGGGACCAACUUAACUUGUUCAUAGGGAAUACUCCAGUCAAUCUUCGUCUAACAUUUUGUCACUGAAGAAAUAAGCUUAAAUAUCUUAUUUAGGCUUUUUUUCUGCUACUUUGAAACAUACUAUCAGAGGAUAGCAGUAUCAGCAGACUGUGUUGGUCUAACUCUGCUAUUAAGUAGCAGGACUGAUAAUAAACAUUAAUUUGUAUUAAAUAAAUAAAUGAACCCAUUAUUUCAUCAUUAUAAUUAUAAUAUAUUUAUUGGAGGUCACGGAAGGUUUUUUGCAAUGACACUUAUUUAAUGAGGCUUUUCUAAUGUGUGUUGUGUCAGCACCCCCUGCCUCUGUGACUGUACCCAAUGUGCAAACACAGUACAGUCACAGUAAUGAACCUCUCCUGUUAUUUAGCUUCGAAAGGCUACAUAUGCUACCUAUCUGGCAAGCUAACAGGCAAAGCUGGGUUGUCAGCUAGGAUUAAUACACAGCAUCAAAGUGCAGAGACAGAGUUAGCAUUGUUAGCCAGCUCCUGUUGGGUUGAGUGACCACAGAGAAGACCACUGAGGAUUAGCCAGUUAGCUGCUGUUAACACCAGCUCUCUUUGAUGCCCAGUUAUAUUCUAAGCUGGUAAACCAACCUAGCUUAUUAGCUGCCUAGCUUGGUGGCAUGUGUAGCCUUGUUGAACCAGCCUACAGUUGGUUGAUUCAGAAUGACUUUAGCAUCGUUGUUGCUCUAGCUAACAGGAGCUAACCGGCUUAAUGUGGUUGUAUCACUGGAAAAACACCAAAUAAUCAAACCGACUUUUGAAAUACAUUUCUACAGUGUAAUAAAAACAGAACUCCAUCCAAACUGUUGUAAAAAGAAUUAUGAAACCAUAGUAAUACGUUUCACGAAUGAUUUCAUGAUUACUGAUGUCUUCUCUUUUUCCAUUCAAUAUUGAACUCUGGGGCCCCACGUUUAAAGAAGCCAUUCUGUGGAAUUAUACUUUUAUAAGUUGAUUUCCAUAUUUAACAAUGUGCACAGCACACUGGUUGUUUUAGUCCACCGUCCAUUUCCUGUCCACUUCUCUGCUGUUGUUUAGAGGUCAGAACGUCCACUGUAAAACCCCUCCCAUGGCUCCAGUUUUUUUAUUCGCCUGCUGUUAAGAUGAAAUUUAUACUGUUUCAAUUCAAAUGUAUAUUUUAUAAAUGGAACUGGAUAAGCAACAUACAGUAAUUCAUUCACUGGCUAUAUUCUUAAAUAUGUUAGCGGAACAGAAAGACUUGUAUUUUAUAUUUAUAUGAUACCCUUGUAUUAUUAAGAAUCCUUUUUGAGUUUAUAUAAAUCUAUAUGUAAAGUUCUUUUCCCUGCCGCUGUAAAGAAAUUAUUAAAAAUGAACUUUGACCACGUG